AAACAGGUUCAGCAGGUUUCGACAAAGAACAAACUAUUUUUUCAGGAAGAUUUCCAUCUUACUCAGUGCCUCUUUAAUCAUACGGAUAAACUUGCAUCUUUCAUCCACAGGACUGUGCAUGGUCUGUCUUUGCUUUGACGUUUCUCCCUUGGGUCCCUGGUCUCCAGGUUUGCACGUCUAUUGCACCUGUCAGAGAGCUGCAUUUUUACUCGAUUAAUCUGCUGCUGGUUUGAUGCACAAAGUUUGUACAAAUACAUUUCAGACUCUCAGCUCCUCAAGGCAAAAACUGUGCAGUUCUUGGCUCAGUCAUCUUCUAAAUUAACCCAACAACUGAGACGAAAGGCUCCAUAGCCUGAAAUCAAAAGUUAUCACUUUCAUUGUAUGGAGUUAUUUUCAAGAUUUGUGGGUUGUAAUUAAAAGUCUGUGAAUGUGAAAAAAAGCUUAUCAUGGAUGGAAGGGAAAUAUGAAAUAAGUUGGCGCAAUUGAAUCGGAACAAAUGAAAUUAGAGGUGCCCUCAGCACACAGAGAAAAAAACUUUGACAAUCAUUUUGUAUUAUGAACCACAACACGUAAAAACUAGGUUAUUAUUACGCACCGCAUGUAUGUUUCUGACAUAAAAGCGGCGCAUGCCUCAGCAGCACGCGGACGCGCGUCAUGCUCACCGGAGUAUAAAAGAAUGUGCGCGCGCUGCACAGCGCUCAGAGGUGCGCGAGACAGAGGCACUGAUGAGACCGCGCUCUUGCUGCCGGUGAAGUAAUUAGGCAGACAAAGUGUGGUAAAUUUGAGAUAAAAUUACAUCAACGGAUACCUUUCUCCCUUUCCAUCAUCUCACUAUGACAACGGACUGAGUGGAAGCCUGCCAUGGAGAGGAAUAAUACCACACAAACUCUGAACUUGGGAGAAUGUGAGCACACACUGGACACCAGUGCAGCACUGGACAAUUGUACGGAUGCUGCAAGCGGGAACCUCUCUUUACGUUGCUGGCUGCAUUUGUUGACAAAGGAGUCUAGUUCAACAUUACAAGGUGAUGGGUCUAGUUUGGCUGUGCGUGUGAUGAUCGCUCUCAUUUAUUCAGUGGUGUGCGCUCUGGGGCUUGUAGGCAACUCUCUGGCGCUCUACCUGCUGCACUCACGUUACCGGCAGAAGCAGUCUUCUAUCAACUGCUUUGUGAUGGGUCUGGCUCUAACUGAUGUGCAGUUCGUCCUAACCCUACCAUUCUGGGCUGUAGACACGGCGUUGGACUUCCGCUGGCCAUUUGGCAAAGUAAUGUGCAAAAUCAUCAGCUCGGUCACCACGAUGAACAUGUACGCCAGUGUAUUUUUCCUGACCGCCAUGAGCGUGGCCAGGUACUAUUCCAUCGUGUCCUCGCUGAAGAUGCACAGUCGGCGAGCAGCGGCGGCCGCGGCCAAGUGGAUCAGCUUGGGCAUUUGGAUCGUAUCCCUGAUAGCAACCCUCCCACAUGCAGUUUAUUCCACAAUAGCCCAAGUUUCAACAGAUGAGGAGCUGUGCAUAGUCCGCUUCCCUGAAACAGGAAGCUGGGACCCGCAGUUGCUGCUAGGACUGUACCAGUUGCAAAAGGUCCUGCUUGGGUUUCUGAUCCCACUGGUGGUGAUCACUGUUUGCUAUCUCUUACUUCUAAGAAUCGUGCUAAGCCGUAGGAUUAGCGGCGUGGCCGGCUCCGAAAGUGAGCAGGGGCGGCACAAGCGACGCUCGAAGGUUACCAAAUCAGUUGUGAUCGUCGUCCUGUCGUUCUUUUUGUGUUGGUUGCCCAAUCAGGCCUUGACUCUGUGGGGCGUCCUUAUUAAGUUUGACCUGGUGCCCUUCAGCAAGGCCUUCUACAAUGCCCAGGCAUAUGCUUUUCCACUGACUGUGUGCUUGGCCCACACAAACAGUUGCCUCAACCCAGUGCUUUACUGCCUGAUCCGCCGUGAAUUCCGGGCCGGACUCAAAGAGCUCCUGCUGAGGGCCACGCCGUCCUACCGAAGCCUCUCCCGGUUGCUCCCACGCAAGGCCAAAGUAGCUGAGGCACCUCCUGUACUGGUUCUCGUGCCGAUGGAUGUUUGAAAAAGCAGAUCUUUCAAAUUAAUCCUUGUUUUUGAUUGACAGGAUGAAGCAGGUGUGAGGAACGUCCUUUGGGAGCUGCCCCACUUUCUCUUCCGCUCGUUCAGAAACACUUGCGCAUUUGUCUUUCUCAACUUCCACGUACCCACGUACUGACUGCUUCACAUGCACCUCCGGUCAUCAGAGCCACCCGGGAAUUCAGGACCCAUUCACCUUUGUUUGCUUUGCUGCAUAUUGGUAGCAUUGCUUAAGGAAUUUUCCCCUGAGACAUCCUUCAAGGGAACGUGUUCCAUGUGUGUUUUUCAGGCUUUGAAAAAAGAAGGAAAAAAAAUGUUGAGAUGUAGAUGUUAAGGGUCUAGUCUUCUCUUAUUUUAUGAGAUAUUAAACAAAAAUAUGUGCAGGGGAUCACUGGUUAAACCAUCAAUCAAUACACUGUCAGUCAUGAUUUACUUGCAGUUUUGUAGAAUUUGAUGAAGUUUCACACUUUGAUUUGUCUUUUAAUGUAUUUAAAUCUUAUAUUGUACAAAAAACUAAACUAAUAAAAUACCUAACCAUGUCGCUAACUAACAAAAUCACAAUUUUCUGAAUUACAAUGGA